AUGGGGGACGAAGUGGAGGAUACCAAGUCUCAGGAUUCACUCAAAGCACCAAUGGUCAUGGCGCAAGCGGUAACUGCAUCGAGAAACGACAGUUCGCCACAGAUAUCAGCAAGCAGUGGAAUUCCAACUCCCAUACGACGAAACUGGAGUGAGGUGGCCGGUGAUCGAAUUGAGACCCUGAAUCUAGGACCCGUCGAUCGGAGCUCCAUCCUGGAGCAUCUUAUUUCAAAUGUGCGGAUUGAAAUGAGCGAGAGGUACUCUUCGGUGCUCGAGGAGUAUGAUAUUGCUAGAAUACUCGAAGACGGCCUGAGUCCAGCCGUGAAAGAAAUCUGUGAGCAAGGCAAAUUUGAUCUUAUCAGGCACGUUUGA